CGCUUCGGGUCUCGAUUCCACCCCGCGAUUUCAUCCCUUACCGCCAGCAGUUCAUCAGUUCAACCCCGCUCGCAACUUCGUCUUCUCGCUCGCUCGCUUGCUCGGCCGAUUUUUCGUUUGCGCUAUUUUUCACGUGGCUACUCCGUAUUUUUGCGGGUUUAUGGUUUUUUGUUUCUUUUGUUGUGCGUUUUAAUUUUAUGUUUGGACUGUUUUUGUUUUUGUUGCGAUGUGCUCGAUUCGAUUCGACUGAUGGCGACGUGAGGGGUUGAUCCGUCGCGAUUUUUGCGGAUUCGCGAAUUUGCAAAUUUGCGCCGGGCGGUGUCAUGGAUCAUCACAGCUGCAUCCGGCCCAGACCCAGGGCCGUCUACUCCAUCGAAAGGAUUCUAGGCAACGCUAAUGACUCUACCAAAGAUAAAAGUAUGGGACUAGCUCAGGACAGCGGCUCGCGGUCCAACUCCUCGUGCGAGCUGGACCUGUCGACGCCGACGGGGCCGGCUCACGGAGCGGGGCCGGAGCAGUGCGGGUUGCAGAGCGACGGGAUGGGAGGCGACGAGGAGGCGGCCAACGGAGGCGGGGGCGGCCCGGGGGACUCGAAGCCCCGCAAGGUGAGACGCAGCCGCACCACCUUCACCACCUACCAACUCCACCAACUCGAGCGCGCCUUCGACAAGACCCAGUACCCGGACGUCUUCACUCGCGAGGAGCUCGCCAUGCGACUCGAUCUCAGCGAAGCAAGAGUACAGGUGUGGUUUCAAAAUCGACGGGCAAAAUGGCGGAAGCGCGAAAAGGCCCUUGGACGAGAGGCCCCAGCUUUCAUUCCUGGUGAGCAGCCACCAAACUUUCCAGCGGAACUGGGCCUGCACCCCCACCUGGGGAACCUGGGGAUGCCCGGAUUCCCGGCGGAGCCCUUCUGGCCGGCGCUCGGGUUCUCGCCUGCCGUCAUGUUCGGGCUCGGCCUCCCGUGGACCAACCACUCCCCCCUCACCAAGAGCGUCCCCCUCCAGUCCCUCCUCUCGCAGUACAUGCUCGGCGGCGGCGGGGGAGGGGGAGGGGGCGGAGUCCCGGUCGCCACCAACCUCAAGAUGGAGUCCCGCUCCCGGUCCCCCUCGCCCUCCGCCUCCCCCUCCCCGCUCCCCCUGACAAAAAAUUCUAUUACAAAAUACCAACAAGCAUUCAUCCAAUAA